GACCUUUGGUCUGACCCGGUACGGUCAUUCUUAUGUUCUUAGGGGUGGUACCAGCUCAUAGUGGUGCUUUGGAAUCUGCACUGGCUGCCCACGGAUCUCUACAUGCAGACCAAGGUGUUGGGUGUGACGCAGGGGUAGUUGAUAGGCAGACUAGAGGCCAAGUCCAGACUGCUGGACACUUUGUGAUGCACCAAAAUAUUUUUCUAUUCACUUACUAUUACUGUGGUGUGCAAAUGUUUCUCUGGAGUCUGGACCUUGAUUAUGCCUUGACCAAGAAAUUUAGACCUUCACAAAAAAUAACUGACUGCCCCUGGAUAAAGCCCUCAGUGGCAUAUGACCAGCCUCCCUGAGGGAUCGCCCCUUUCUCUGCCUUAUUGCCACAGCUGUAGACUUGGGGGCACUCCUGGGGAGCCCCCUAGUGAAGAAAGAGAAGGGUGGCUGGCAUGGUGCUCUCUCUGUGAGGGCUCGGAGACUCUGGGAUCUCCUCCCUCUCUUGGUCUGAAAUAGUCAGAAUCUGAUUAUUUUCCAGGAAUGCUGCAAAAGACACCUGUUUGAUAAGGUUUUUGGAGAGGGCUGAGGGUAUGCUUCUUAGAUGGCAAAGGGGAAGAAAUGCGCUUCUCUAGGUGGCUGGCUAAGCUUCUGCUGAUGUGAUCAUUUUAAUGUUGCUGAGGUCUGAAUUGUAUUAGUGAGUGUUAAGACUUGGAUAGGCCUCUUUACAGUUAUUUGUAAAUUUAAAUAAAUAAGUAUCAACCGUUAUAUCUACACUAAUGGCUCACAGAUCUACCUCUCUUGUCUCCUGUCCUAUCUAAAAUCUAGGCCUGUCUGACAUCUCCUCAUGAACGUUCAGCCAUCAGCUGAAGCUCAACAUGGCCAAAAGAAAGUUUGUAAUCUUUCCCCUCAAGCCUCUAUCCCCCCUUUUUCACCUACCAUGGAUUAUGCCACCCAUCCUCAUUGUCACAAAGGCCUGUAACUGGGUGUCAUCUUUGACUUGGUCCCCUGUCUAGAUGAGCAGUCUUAAUCCACAGGCUGCAUGCGGCCCAGUUAGCACACAGCUGUGGCCCAGAUCAGCUGUGUGCUAAAGGCUGCAGGCUGCCCUGCCACACCGCAUGCUCUGGGUUCCCGGCUGCCCUGCAACAUGGUGGGCUCUGGCAUCCGGGCUCCCAGCUGCCCUGACGUGUACCGAGCUGUUGGCUGCCACUGGCCCCGCAGGGUGGAGCUCAGGGUCCCGGCAGCUGGCUGCCGCCCAGCCCACUCCACAGCAGGGCUUGGGUUCUGGGCAGCCAGCUGCUGCCUGGCUCCCCACACAGCAUAUGUGGCCUAUAAUGAUAAAUAGGUUGAGAACCACUGGUCUAGAUAUUCACAUCCCAGCUGUAUCUACUUCUUGCUGGUUCUUCCUGAAUUAUGUCUUUAAGAUCCACCGUAUAGAUAAACUUCACCUUAUCUCAUGUCUCAACUGCAGGUUCCUCCUCUCUAGUCUUGAGAAACCACUUUUUGUUCCACUUAUGUUCAUUCAAAGCACUGCUGUAAAAAUCAUUUACUUGUUUUGUCACUUUGCCCAUUUCCUCCUCUGCAUCCCUCCACUCUCUUCCCCCAUCUCCACUGCAUCAAACACUAUUUUUCUUCCCUUUAAAAGGCCUUCAUGGCCUAGCUUCACUCUUAUCUGUCAUCUCAUAUACACUUUUGAGAUGUGACUAUUGCCUCUGUUUUGCCAGUGAUUCCAGCUUUUGUUGCCCAUUUGCUGAAAUGGUUAGUUUUCCAAGAACACCUUUGCACUUUCUUCCAUGCUGCGUAUUGGCUCUUGCCUCCAUUUAAGCUACCCCUUCCUUGAAUUAACUUCUUUCACACAGCUGCAGUUGGAGGCUGCCAGAUUGCAUUUUUUUUUUAAAUGCAGCCUCAGGUUUCCUGUUUUGCCUUAUUCUGAGCUCUUUCGCUCAACAGCCUGAUUCAAACUCCUUGUCAUACACCUCAUCUUGGCAUGGAUGUAAGCAAGGCAGAAACCUCUAUGGCUGAAAUGAGUGAAGAAAUAAUCUAUACUUCUGUACGGUUUUCACAGACACCGCCAGUCUGUGCCAACGAUGUCGUAACAAAUAGAGCUCCCCAGCAUGGGUCAUCUGGCCUAUACAGCUUGGCUGUAGGUGUUGGGACACUGAUUGCCCUCAUGGUGAUUGCAGUGGUAGUUUGGAGGAUUGAUAGCUCCUGUCCUGGAUGCCCUGACGAGUGGUUUGGUUACAGGAGCAGCUGUUACUUCUUCUCCAAGAUGAAAAAGGAUUGGAAUUCCAGCCAGGCAUCCUGUUCUGCAGAAGGAUCGCAUCUCUUGGUGAUCAGUGAUGCCAACAAAAUGCGCCUGUUCUUGGGAAUGCACAUAGAUUACCAUUGGAUUGGUCUGAGGAACAGCACAGGCAGUGGCUGGACCUGGGAAGACGGCUCAAAACUCAACAAUACAAAGGUCAUCUCUAACAGCCCCGUGCAGCACUGUGGCGUCCUGGUGAAGGGUGCUCUCCUGGCCUCCAGCUGUGCAGUUGAUUUCCCAUGGAUCUGUGAGAAAUCCCCCAAGUAACCUCCUCCUGCACUUUCCCACAGAAUAGUCUUCACUCACACCCGGCCAAUGGAUCUGGACCCCAGCAGCGCAUCCAGACAUGCCUAAUCCUUGUUCCCAGUGAGGCCAGGCUGCUGAUGCUCCUAGUAGGAGGUUUGUGUCACCAUUGCCCUCUGCUGAAAUUGCACAGCCAUGUAUUAGACUGAAAUCUGAUUCAUGGACUUUCAGCUCCCUGAGGCUGGAGCUCUGAGGGUGAGUUCUGUGCAGAAAACCUAGAUCCAUUUGCAGUCCUCAUCUUUCAGGGCUGGGAGCAUAGCACAGACCUGCUGACAUUAUCUUUGUUGCCAUGGAAAAGACCUGAGUAUGAUUCCCAGUCUUAGUCUUUCUCACUCUGCCCCAGUACUUAGGUUAUUAGUGUGACAGCGGCUGGGCCCGGUGACCUCAUAGGGUUAUACUUCUGUGUUGAGCGACAGUCCUGUGGCACCUUAUAGACUAACAGAAGUAUUGGACAUGAACUUUCGUAGGUGAAUACCCACUUUGCCAGCAUGAGGUUGAUGGAUUUCCACUCCAUACUGCUAAAUGCAGUGCCUUGCAUAGUGUAAAGUACUUCUGUGUUGCUGAGCAGAUGAUAGACUUUAUUUUCAGUCCACAUUUCUCAUUUCUUUGGCACCAGGAAUGCUGCAGAAGCUGGGCCUUCUGCCUCUACUGAAUUUUUCUCUACUUGCUGUGCAGUAAAAUGGCUUCCAUUCCGCACCCAAAAUCUGUGUCUCAUUUGUGCCCAAGACCAUGAGUGCUUUGAAGGGAACAGAGGAAGGUUAAAUGAGAAUGGGUGACUUUUGUCAGCCCAGAAAUGAAAGUAAACUUCUAACUCCAAUAGCUGAGGUGACACGUGGGGCGGGGGGUGGAAAUGGGUAAAUGUUGAUUUCACUAUACACACAAACUGAUG